AUGUGGUUGUUGGUCAACUGUACACGGAUGAAGAAGAGGCCUGAAGUAGUGACAGAGUUGGCCAAGGGUUACCAAGUAAGCGCCGAACAACCACUAAAGAUAAGAGCUCGAGGUACAUUCUUUGAUCAGAAUGGCACCAAGAGGACAACCAACGACAUCUGGACCGAGACGACCGAAGGAACGUACUACCCUAGGGCCAGGGAGGAGGUGCUUACAGCUCUUGGAAAUAUCAACUCCAACCAAGAGGAGAAGAAAGCCCUAGAGGUCAAGGUCAUCAACAAGAUCAACUCAAUGUUCGCUUCACUAUUUACCAAGUCUCUUGCUAUUGAAACUUUGCUAGCCGGACCAAACGAACAAUGUGAUGUCGCGACUCCAGGACAGGUGGCAUCAAUUGUUGAGUCGAUGGACUUCCCGCCGAGUAGUGACAUGGUAGAUUAUCGCCCACCUCCAAUGGUUGCCAAAGGGAACGUAUCUGAAUUGAUAACCUCAUUUACAAAGACAACGCCUCCGAUUCAACAUUUGGAGGCAUUCAAUGAUACAAUCAUUGAUAAUAUUGUCAAGAACUUUGCCGAUAGAUUCCCAGAUAUGUCUGUGCAUGCUGAUGAAGAUGGUUCCAUUGCCAUUGGUUCAUCAACAUCGGAGCAGGAGCGAGUGGACCUUGCCGCACACCUAAUGGCCAUCACCACAGCCCCAAUCGCCUUUGUCGUCAAGGACCAAGAUGUUAAAGUUGCAGUCAAUUGUUUACAAGAUGGAAACUUGAUGUUUGAGAUCCAAGACAACAAGGAAGGUCCCAAAGAUACCUCAAAGAUUACAGUAUAUGGAAGUCACGUAGAUAUUGGUCGAUCUUUAUACAAUAUUGAUCAGAAGGCCUCAGCCAGAGUAGAAAUAGUUGAUAUUGUACCACAGAUGAUAGACAUGGUCUCACCUAAAAGGGUAACCAAGCUUGACCUGUCGCCACUAUUUAAAGCUGGAGAAGACUUUGCUUGGGCUAAUUGGCCACUUGAUCUGCCACCCCUCCGCCACGUCCAGGUGAACACCCAUCUUCAUCCAUCAUCACAACCCUACAACUCUAGAGAUUCAUUCAUUGCCGGGUAUAAAUCAAUGUACCCCUCAGAUAAGGACGUAGACUUAGUACAUGGACGAUUCGUCUGGCAUGGAACAUCACACGGCUCCUUCCCCUCCAUCCUCAAGGAUGGAUUCCUGCCCUCAUACAGAAGCGUUCAGGCUUACGGCCCUGGAGAAUACUUUGGAUACAAUGCCGGUGUCUCAAUGGGCUAUUGCUCACAUUCCCAGGGCAAGAUGUUGUUGGCAUUCAUAUUGGAUGGACCUCAAACUUCAUUACAUGGUACAUAUUGUUAUGUGGUCAAUAAUCCCAAAGAUGAGUCGAUAAAUAUUGCCAGUACAAAUUGGAUAUCACCAUUUAGAUGGCAGUGGAAAGACGAAGGUCGUUGGGAGUACUACCUGCCAGAGGUCAACGCAUUGAUUGAUAAGAAUCAUUGUCUUAAAACACAAUCAUUCAGUACACCUCCAAUUCUCCGACUGGUAGAUGGCGAGCUACAAGUCUACACGAUUGACUUGACCAAUAGUCGACAGAUAAAUGAGUCUUCCAAAUACAAGAGAGCAAUACAACGUACAGUUGAGGAUGACAUUGAUCCCAGUACACUGCAGGUUCUUGGUAUCGAACUCAGUCCUGCAGACAAUGACUCAAUAACAGGGGCAUUCACAAGAUACAUUCAAGACCAGUGUGGACCAGUCGUGACCCUGUUAUUGAACAACAAUCAAAGAUGGAACUUCAACUUCAACCUUGGCGUUGCGCAAUGGGAGGACAAGACCUACAUGCUGAGCAUUGGUGGAGACUUUAGUUCUGAUUACUCGGAUACUGAAUCUCUCGAUAGCGACGAAAGUGAUGAAGACCUUGUUGAUAUUCAGCCAAAGAGGACAGGUUGUAGAACACAAUAA